GGAAGCAGGCAGCGGGCGGACACGGAGACUAACUCGGUCCGACAGCCGGUGAAACCUAUAUUUCAGGAAGAGAGUGGUCUAUUUUUUGGAGAAAAUGCUUUUCCUCGCAGUGCUUGUCCUCCUGGGGACAGGACUGACGGUAAACUGCGAGAAACAUUCCCUCACCUACAUCUACACGGCCUUCUCCAAACCAGUCGAACUCCCGGGCAUCCAUGAGUUCACAGCCAUGGGUCAGAUGAACGGCAGGAUGAUCGACUACUUCGACAGUGAUCACCAGAAGAAAGUUCCCAAACAGCCCUGGAUGGAUAAGAAACUGGACAAAGACUACUGGGAGAAAGGAACACAGUCCCGUCAGAGCAAGCAGCAGUGGUUCAAAGUCAACAUCAACAUCCUGAAGGACAGGAUGAGACAGAAUGACUCCGAUGUCCAUGUUCUCCAGUGGCUGCACGGCUGUGAAGCUGACUCAGUGCCUGGCGGUGGUAUUAAGUUUGUCCGUGGCAUGGACAGAUACAGCUAUGAUGGAAACGACUUCCUGUCCUUCGAUGACACCAACUCAGUCUGGGUCGCCCCGACUGAAGCAGCGGUCCCAACCAAGAGAAAGUGGGAUGAUGUCCAGGUCCUGAAAGAAUACACCAAAGGCUACCUGGAGAACGAGUGCAUGGAUUGGCUGCGCAAGUUCAUGAGUUAUGAAACAGAGCAGCUAAUGAAUGCCUCUCCUCCAAAGGUGCACGUGUUUUCAAAGAACACCAGAGUUGAGGCAAACCUCCUUUUGACGUGCCUGGCCACAGGUUACUACCCAAAAGACAUCCUCCUACAGAUCAAGAGAAAUGGCCGCGUUCUGAAAGAAGACGACGGAUUGUUUACCUCGGGCUCUCUACCAAAUGGAGACGGCACCUUCCAGAGGAGAGACUGGGUGGAGAUUUUAAGGAGCGACCUGUCUACAUACACCUGUGAUGUGAUACAUGAGGCAUCCAAUAUGAGCGUUUCGAGGGUUUGGGAUCAUAAAGCUCCAGACUUCCCUGUCGUUCCUGUCGCCAUUGGUGGAGUAGUUGGAGCCCUGCUUGUGGUUGUGAUCGUGCUCGGUGUAGUGCUGGCUGUCUGCUAUAAGAAAGGCAAACUGGGAUUCUUUCCCAUACGAGGCUCAGAUCCUUCCAUCAACAGCGAUAAAACUGAUGGCUCUGAUACACCACUUGCCACUGUAACUUCCUCAAACAACAACAACAGGAACCAAGCCAACCCAGUGGUGGUACAUGCCAUUGACAACAAUGAUAUCAAGAAUGAAGAAGCGCAACCUCUCACUGGGUCCAAAGGAUCUCUUGACAGCGACGGCUCUGGUGGCUCCGGUGACUCUGGAGUCUCUUCUGAUGGCGACAAAAAAAACGAGCCCGAGAAUCAAAAGCUGUUGAAGGAUAAACCGGAGGAAGUCUGAAGUCUCUGUAAAAAAGCACGACCUCCAUCAGAGUUCAGGUGCUCUCUGGAUCCUAAUUAACCACGAUAACAAAUCACUUUUUUAAAUAAAAAGUUAAAGGGUGAAUUAAAAAAAAUCUUGUUUUCAUCAGGAGGUCGUAGGUCGGGUGGAGAUUCAGGAGAUUUAACAAAUUCAGAAGCACCUUAAAGAGACUCCUGAAAACAUCUGAAUACUGUGUUAGUGGGGUGAUCUUAAAUCAUGGUUUUACUCCCAGCCCAACAUUUAAAACAAGAAUUAAGAGUUUGUUAGGAAAUUAGAUGUCGAUGGAGAUGAAUUUGUCCCCAAAUCUCACCAGAAUUAGUGAGCGCUUGAUUGUAGGUGAGGUGUUCAGGGGAAACCAGGGGAGGCUUCUUUGUGUUCAUCAGGGACUUUAGGGAGUCUGAGCAGGGUAAAUACUUGGACAUUUUAGAGGAGUUUGUGGAGUCUGGAUGCUGUUAUAUAAAGAUUGUAUGCAUGUAAGAAAUGCAGAAAAAUGGGGGUAAAAAGUUUCUCAGCUUAAGCGCAGUUUAGAAGGACUCCUUUAGAGCUGGUGAUAAGAUGAUAGAUAUGGAAAUGAUAUAAAAAAAUAUGUAUAUUCAAAGUCGAGACGUUUUACGAUCUGAUCUUUGCACUUCGGAUCGAAGCAGUAAAGUAAAUCAAGGCGUUGUAUAAAUGGUCUUAUGCUCUUAUCAGAUAUUGGAAAAGUUUUAUUCAGAUGGAAGAUUCGAGUCAUAUUUACCAACCUUUGACCACAUCAGUGCCUUUUUCCUUCAUUUAAUCAAUUUACUGCAAAUAAAAGUCACAUUACUGCAAGUAAUCCUCGGAAAACAGGAGGAAAACCAGCGUUCGGGUCGGGCGAGAUUUUAAAAAUUCCGUCCGUUUCCUUCAACGAAAAACACUUGACAGAAACCAAAAAAAAAAAAGAAAAAUAGCUUGGUUGGUCUUUCCACAACCAGCCGACUCUGGGUCGGUGGGAAUCAAUGUAAAAAUCAUGAAACUAUGUUCUGGGCUCUGAGUAUUCUCCCCAUCGACUGUAUUUACAGUCUAUAACUGCACUUUAACCCUCCUCACCCUGUAUUCUGUCUUGUGUUGCAUUUGAUUGCGCCCCCAAUAAAAACAACCAGUGAUGCAUUCAGCCACUGAGCGGAGUUCAGCUUCUGUCCUGCUCGUCAUUUAGUUUCAGUUUGUGUCAGUUUGUUAUCACGAGGAGGUGGCAGUUAUUUUCUGCGGAUAAUCAACAAACAAUUGAUUCUUUUUAAACUUAACCCACAACUUUAACAACAGUCAUGAUAAAUAUGAUGUCUGUUGUUGUGGAUUAUGCAACUCGAGAGAAGAUUUUAAGUUUGUAGAAAUAAUAAUUCAGGAUGUUUGUUUUGUAGUAAACAUGCUUUAAUGAAUAAAUACACUGGUUUAAUUUAAGCAGGUCGCAAUUUAACAUAAAGAUGCUUCAGCUUGGAUUAAAAUGAAGUACACCAUGUGUUAUGUGACAUUUGUCCUGUACUGCAUUUAUUCAUUUUAUACUCUGUUGUAUAUACACAUUUGGGGUUUUUUCAAUCUCAUUAGCCUUAAAACAUGUUUGAGUUGCAGUGACUGGAAGACGUAUUAAUGUGCUGGAUUUCAAUACUGUUUGAAAGGCAAAGAAAGAAAGAAAUGUGCACUUAAUCCAGAUUAUUUUUUGCCUAUUUUGCUUUUACUUAUUGCAUCUUGUGAAUAUUGCUUUUUAAAUUUGAUUAAAAAAAUAAAUAAAUAAUAAUAAUAAUAUAUAUAUAUAUAUAUAUAUGCUAAAUACGUAUCAAUCUUCAGUGAAUCCUGAUCAGUAAACAAUCUGUGUAAAGAAAACAUUUAUCUGCUCAAAGAAAGAGACGGAUUGUAAAACAGCAGAGAGGAAUAUUUGAAUUCUGCCUAAAAAGCCAAAGUCAUAAAUAAGA